AUGGGACCCCUCACGAUCAACACGACAUUACGAUUGCCCAACUCGGUCGAAAUCCCGCAACUCGGGUUUGGCGUCUACCAGUCACCGCGGAAUCUGUGCAUCCAGUCCUGCCUGACUGCGCUGCAGAACGGAUAUCGCCACAUCGACACAGCACAGUAUUACGGCAAUGAGCUCGAGGUCGGCCAGGCUGUAAAGCAGUCAGGCCUGCCCAGGAGAGAUAUCUUCCUCACGACCAAGAUCCUCAGCGCCGCCGGUUCGACCGAAGCGACAUACCAAAAAUGUGUCGAGAGUGUGCAGAAACUGAACCCCGGGGCCGAAGGUUAUGUUGAUCUUUUUCUAAUCCACAGCCCCAAUUGCGGCGCGGCACAGCGCAACGAGCUGUGGCAGGCGCUGGAGCGGUUGCUUGACGAGGGCAAGACCAGGAGCAUUGGGGUAAGCAACUUCGGUCUCCGACACAUCGAGGAACUCAAGCAGUUUGCCAAGGUGUGGCCGCCGCAUGUCAACCAGAUUGAGGUCAGUUAUGGUCAGUUGCAUCCCUGGCUGCAGCAGAGGGAAAUCGUCGAGUACUGCCAGAAGCACGGGAUCGUGGUAGAAGCCUACUGCCCGCUGGUGCGCAACACCAAAGUCGAGGAUGCAACGCUCGGCGGCAUCGCGAGAAAGCACUCGACUACACCCAGUCAGAUCUUGAUCCGCUACUGCCUCGAAAAGGGGUGGGUACCGCUUCCCAAGAGCGACAAUCCAGAGCGCAUUCGAGCAAAUGCCGAGGUCUUUGGCUUCCGUCUCGACAGCGAGGACAUGAAUGCGUUGGAUGGUUUGGACCGGGGGCCUGCGGGAGCCAUUGUGCAGGCCAUUUCCAGGUUCGCAUCCUCUAAAAGAAAAGGGGUUGGGGUCGCCCAUGACGUCUUUGAACACCUCCUCCGCACUUCAAUGACAUCUCAUCCGGUGCCGAGUGCGCAUGCCAAGACAUCAACCCCAAAAAUGGCAGUGGACAGCGGCGCCAAACGCUAUGCCUACGUGACCUUGAUAACACGCCAGUCUUACCUGGCCGGGGUCAUCAUCUUAGCCUACACGCUGGCGCACCAUGGUAGCAAUUACCCCUUGGUAGUCUGCUACACCCCUAAGCUUUCUCGAGACGCAACUCGCGCGCUUGAGCUGGAGGCGCCUCGGAGCCACAUGGUCCUCUGCCGAUGUGACCCUCUUCUCCCGCCCGAGGGAACGCCCAUCAACCUGAUCGCCGAGCGUUUUGCCGACACAUGGUCCAAGCUGCGCGUAUUUGAGCGAACAUUCGAGUAUGACGCCGUCUGCUAUCUCGACGCCGACAUGGCCGUCUUCCAGAACAUGGACGCCGUCUUCGCGCACGAGGCGAAGCUGCCGCCGGACGGGCUCCUAGCAAACCACGCGUGCGUCUGCAAUCUGGAGGCCGAUCCCUGGGCGCCCGACACCUGGCGGCCCGAGAACUGCGCCUACACGCCUCUGUCCCACCCAUCCGCGCUGACGGAGCCCACGCAGCCGCCGACGGCCGACGACGGCCCCGAAACACACCACCUGCUGAACGGGGGCAUGUUCCUGUUCCGCCCGUCGCCUGCACUCUGGGAGGAUAUGUUGGCGCUGUUCCGCACCACGCCGUUGCUGUCGACGUUCCGGUUCCCCGACCAGGACUUUCUGGCCCUUCUUUUUCGGGGGAGGUGGCGCGCCCUUGGCUGGCAGUACAACGCCAUUAAGACGAUGCGGUACUGGCACCCUAAUAUCUGGCACGACGAGGCUGUCGUGUGUCUGCACUACAUUGUGGACAAGCCUUGGACGAAGCGUAUAGGGAGGGAUGGCGUCGCGGGCUACAAGGGCCGCGAUGGGGUUACGCACCGCUGGUGGUGGGACGCCUACCAGGCGUGGGAGGAUGAUCGGCUCAAGAACGGUGCUGGUGAUGGAGCGGAGACGGUGGCUCUGGUCCGGAAGGGUGUCGCUCCACCCAGAUGGGAGGGCUCGGAGGAAUGGGCUUUUGAGGGGGACGAUCCUGAUAUGAAGGCGCUUGGAAGCAAUGUGCAGGGGAUGGCGUACAAUAAGACGUUUAGAGCUGGCUGA